AUGCCUUUCAAGCUGACCGUAGUGGCAUCGGACUCCGAAUUCGACGAACUCGUUCGGUGUGAAUUUGAUGCCUAUGAGAGCCCCCAGUGCAACCUCAAACAGCUCUUCUUUCCCAUCCAGGGUUCUUCGCCCACUGCCCGCGACGCAGUUGUUCAGGAUGCCGUCAAACUUCAGACGUAA